GGUGGUAGGACGCAGGUCACCAUGGAUACGAGCUCAUUGGCCCACCAAGUGGAGAGCGUGGAGCGGAACAUAGUCUUCCUGCGGCAGGAGCAGCUCAAACUGCUGCAUGGGCUGCACCUUGAGAUCCUGUCCCUGCAGAAGCGCUGCACUGAACUGACCCGUGAGCUACAUGUGAAGCCUCCAGGCAGGAGUGAAGAAGAGGUGCGGAAGGAGGAGGAACUCCUGGAGGUUCACUGUGAGGAGUUAGAGGGGCAGCUGAUGGAGCAGCAGGGCCGCCUGGAGGAGCUGCAUAACGAGCUCCGCCAGAAAGGGGUGCUGGUGGGCGCUCUCCGUGCCAGCCUGAAGGACAAAGAGCGUCGGUUCCUGGAGGAGCUGAAACGACGCAGCCACCGGACCACGGUGCUUAACACAGAGCUGCAGAAACAGACCGAGGCGGCUGCCUACCUGUCUUUCCAGCUGCAUUCAGCCAGACAAAAACUUUACCAUCAGCAGCAACAGCAGCAGCAGCAGCCACAGCGGAGACGCCAAACCCAGCCAGGCUCAGAGAGCUCCUCCCUCCAAACCCCGCCUUCUUCCACCGGUAGCUCCAACGUGGUCAAACCCAAGCGACGCAGUGGCACUAGGUCCUCCUCGCAACUUCGGGCCGAGCGGGCCAGGGAGUGCGUCCCCCGCGAGAGGGUCACGGGUCCCGAGGAACCGACGGCCAUGCCCGACCCCGCGCUCUUCCUCUACCCCCGCAGACUCAGGGUUCGACCCAGGCAGCCGAGCAGACAGCUCCUGGAGGACAGGGAUGGAGAAGAGGGACCUGAGGAGCUUCAACGAGGGGAGGCGGCCAGACUGGCAGCGCCACCCGCUGCUGCUCCUGGACCUCCAGCUACUGCUCAGAGCAAAGCUGAAUGAGCC